AGAAAUUCUAUUCAGUGCUCAAACCAAACAAGAUGAGGUGGUUCGCUCUGUGUGUCUUAACGUUCGCUUGGCUGGGUCUGAUUGCAGCGGCGCCUGCUGGUCAGAUACGUGUGCGCACCUCCUCCACGACGCGGGUUCAUGUGCGCAAUGGCAAUAUCAAGUGGAAUGGCAAUUGCCACAAUUGCGACAUUCGCACCACCAAAGACACCGCCCAGGUGACCAGCACCAGAAGCAAGCAAUGGUCACGUAAAUUCUAAGCCCAUAAAACUGAG